AUGGUCAAAUCAACGUUAAUAUACAGAUAUGAUGCACUUCCAUUAUGUGGAUCAGUUGAUGAUAAUAGCGAUACUUCAUUGAAUGAACAAAAGAAGAAAUGUAAGAUUCUUAUUUCACGUAUUACUCCUAAUUCUGAACCUCAAGCCACUGUUGAAUCAGGUAAUUAUAGUAUCCAUUAUAUCAUUUCACAAUCAAUAAUUUACUUAUGUAUUUGUGAUAAGACCUAUCCUAGAAAAUUAGCAUUUUCCUAUUUACAAGAAGUAUCCAAUGAAUUCAAUAAUAGUCAUGGUAGUGCUGCAUUAAGUUCUAAUGCUAGACCUUAUGGAUUCAGUUCAUUCGAUAAUUUUUUAUCGAAAACCAAGAAGAUUUAUCAAGAUCAAAGAGCACAACUGAAUUUAGAUAAAUUGAAUGAUGAAUUGGCAGAUGUCAAAAGAGUUAUGACCAAGAAUAUUGAAGAUUUAUUAUAUAGAGGUGAUUCAUUAGAUAAGAUGUCGGAUUUAUCUUCAAGUUUGAGAAAUGAUAGUAUUAAAUAUAGGAAAAAAGCUCAACAAAUCAAUUUUGAAGCUUUAUUAAGACAAUAUGCUCCAAUCGCUGGUGCUGCUUUAUUCAUGUUGUUCUUAAUUUGGUAUAUGUUUUUAAGAUAA